AGAGAGAACAAGGGACAGAGGAAAAAAGGAUAGAGUGAAGGACGAGGGCAGAGAAGGAUUGAGUGAGGUGGAGGGGGAAAUGGGGAGAGCAAUAGAGUGAAGGACAGAAGGGGAGGGAGAAGGAGUUCUCAAGGUAAUAUAAACAGGGAGGAAGAGAUAGGGGAGGGGAUAGGAAGAGUGAAGGCAGAAAUAGGAAAAAUAGAAAGAUUGAGAGAGAAAAAGAAGAGUAAUAAAUAUAUGAGAGGGAGUGAGGGGGAUGGAAAGCUAUUAGGUUUAAUGGAAGGGUGAGAAAUAGAUCUACACCAAAGAAGAAGCAAGGUCAGAAAUAAAGAUAAAAGGAAUAAAGUGAGGGAAAUAGAUACUGUGAGGGCUCAUAAAACAGAAGGGUGAUAGAACUGCUGUAGAGGAAAGGGCAGAAGGAGAGGAGAAAGGGUAGAUAGAAACAAAGGAAAUUACAGGGUUCAGGCAAGAGACAGAUAUAUAAGGGAAAGAGACCGAAUCUAGUCACGUUUACCUGCAGUGAGAAAGUGAAUGGGCUGGAUCCGGAACAAAAUAAAAAUCUGCUAAAGAGACAGACACAAAGGAACUGAGUCAAAACAGAGGGACAGAAACGGUCAAGAAUUGGGGGCUCAGAGAACCAUCAGUGGAAGAAUCAACAGGCAAAGGUUAAGACAAAAGCUCAAGCCUGUGUGGUUAUUAGAAAAAAACAUGGCUGCGGAGAACAGUGCUCUACCUGAACUGAACCAGGACAAGUACGAUGGGGAUGAACACAUCAAAAUCAUCUGUUUGGGAGACAGUGCCGUGGGUAAAUCCAAGUUGAUGGAAAGAUUCCUGAUAGAUGGAUAUCGUCCUCAACAGCUGUCCACUUAUGCAUUGACGCUGUACAAGUACACCACUAAAGUCAAUGACAAGACUGUUCUAGUGGAUUUCUGGGACACAGCAGGACAGGAGCGUUUUCAGAGUAUGCAUCCAUCCUAUUAUCAUAAGGCACAUGCCUGUAUCAUGGUGUUUGAUGUGCAGAGGAAGAUAACUUACAAAAAUCUGAGUAACUGGUACACUGAACUGAGGGAGUCUCGGCCUGAGAUCCCCUGUGUGAUCGUCGCAAACAAAAUAGACGCUGAUCUGAAAAUCACACAGAAAAGCUUCAACUUUGCCAAGAAGCAUGGGUUGCCUUUUUAUUUUGUGUCAGCGGCGGAUGGGACCAAUGUGGUAAAGCUUUUUCGUGACACAAUAAAAUUGGCAAUGUCGUACAAACAGAACUCGAGCGAUUUCAUGGAUGAAGUUAUGCGGGAGCUAGAGAAUUUUGAUCUUGAAGCAAACGAGGAGACCAGGGAUGACGAGUCAAAAGAGGACCAAUCUGAAUCGCCAUAAUGGUAUUUGUAAAAGGGAGAAGCCUCGGAGCAGAGCCUUGGACAAGCUCUGUUCUAAUGUGCAGGAUGAGACUUGGCUCUCCCUUUUCAACCUUAAUGCACAACUACAUAGACUGAAUAAUGAAGUUACUUCAUAGCUUGUCUGAAAUGCAAGGCAUUGGAUUGGAUUUCUGAUUUGAGGGAGACAUCUAUUUCCCUGCUCUUUGUAGCUGCUCAGUCUGUUCAGCAAUUUGAAAAAGGAAGCUGAUAAAGAAAGUUCUGAAAUUGUCCCCACGCUCCAAAAUGAUGAAGUGGGUCCAAAUGGAAUGAUUACAGUGUGUAUUUCCGAAAUUUAUUUACAAUGACAUUUCUUUUCUCACACCAACAGAUGAAGUUGAGCAUCAUUUAACGUCGCGUCACUAUCUUUGUAGCCUGUUUGUGUAUUAUUUUAGUGACCUUGGCUGUGCACAUGACAAUUGAUUUUAUGCUGCUGUCUAUUGUGGACCUCUCGGUGACUUUGUAAUAGUUCAUUGAACUGCUUUCAUUCACACUGUAUAGAAAAUUGUGGCCAUGUGCACCUGACAUCAGUGAAUCCAGUCCUGAUUAUCAGGAAGAUAAUAUAUGUCGAUGAGGUAUCGUGCAGUGCCCCAGGCAUUAAAUAGGGACAUGAAACAUGUGGUAUAUAUUACUGGAGGUCCUGGCCACUUUUCACCGUUCAACUCUGCCAAGACUGAGAUCAGGACUCUUGCAAUUAGCCUCGGUGCCCUUGCACUGCAGAGGGUGAAAGAAACCAGGGUGUUUAUUCACAGAUUUCCUGACACUGGGCGUGCAGUUUGUCUGGAGAGUGCAGACUCAGUUUGGAAUGCCUGCACCACAUAGUGGAAUAGUCAAUGCAUACUCUGCCUCGAGCUUCUAUGGAUCAGUAUCAGAAAUAAGGUGAUGACUCAAUCUUUACUCUGUUCCAUCGGGAUGGCUGGGAGGGUUCCAAAGAGCAUGGUCCAAGUAGUUGGUAUGUUUGCAUUGUAGUUUGGAAUUGGUAUUGCUUAUUGCUGCAUUCUGUAAAGCAGCUUGAUAUAGCAUUUAUUAUAAAGUGAUUGCUCUCGCAAGUUUAUUCCUUGUGCAAGAAAGCAUUUACAGAGCAAUGACUGAGUGUUGUUAUAGUGAGCAGCUUGGCCUGUGAGUCUCUGCUAGUACUCAGCCUCGACAGCAAUAUCGCUUGCCAGAACAUCAAAUAAGAAAUUUCACAAAGCUUCAGAUUCAUGUAUCUUAUCUGUGAUGGUUGAAUUGGCUAAUAAAUUUGCUGAAAAUUAGGAAUACUGCCGUUGGUAGAAAUCUGAAAAAGAAUACUGGAAACACUCAUCAGACCGGGUGACAUUUGUGGAAAGAGAAACAGAAUAACUAGGAAAGAGAGUAAACAAGUUACUUUUAAAUUGCAGAAUGUUGGGUGUGAUGGAAGAGACAAAGAGAUUAUCGCUGAUAGGGUGAGACCACAUUGUGAUAAAAUGCUGAUUAAAUUACCUGGUUGAUAGAUUUAUGAGGAUUACUGGGAUAAAAAUAACACAAACAAAGGAGCAUAAUAGCCAUGAAAUGCAAAGCAGAAGGAAAUGCCCAGAAGGUUCAGGCCGUGAUAUUAAAGGGAGAAAACUCGAGCCAACAUUAGAAAUGGAUGACUUACAGCAGAACUGGUGAGUACUGAUCCAAACAGGAAAACCAAGAAAUUGUUUAGUUUGUCAGUGAAUCUGGAAAGCUGCAACAUGCCCAGGCAGAAGAUGAGGUGCAUUCUUCGAGCCUCAUCAUAACAGUGCAAAAGGCCGCAGCAGACUGGUCAGAUUGGGAAUAAGGUAGAGGAUGAAAGUGAGAGACAAUUGGAAGCUAAGUUUGUCCCUGCAAACUUAGUACAUGUUACUCUGAAUGCUGAGGACCACAUCAAGAGGAACAACUUGGGUAAGACUGGAGAGGGAGUCUAUACACUUUACCUCUGAAAGAAUGUUUACCUACAGCAGAAAGUGAAGCUAACAAUAUUGAAGAAUUUUGCAUCCGAUGCAUCACCUGAUUAUCAGAUAGAUUUUUGGACCAAAAACUCACCCACUGACUUCACUGCACAGGAUCUUUGAACUGAUUUUGCUCAUACAUUGAAACUUUGGGAGUAGAAAGCUCAGGCUUUCUUCAGUCUGGUUUUUACAGCUCUUUAGAGAAAUGGCCUUGGGUUGUGUCCCAAGACCGUGUGAUUGCUUCUUAGUUAGUCUUCAGAGAGCCCUGUAUCUUAAUCAUCAGAAACCAACAAAAUGUUUUGGUGGACAGUCUAAGAUUAUUUGUAUCAUUUGAGCUUUGGUAUCAUUGUGCAAAUAUUAAUGAUUAUAUAGAUGUUAACAGAACAUUUCUGUCCUUGUGUUUUUGUAGACCUUCCCCUUGAAAAUGUGAGCUUUGCUCUUUUAUCUUGUUUGGAUUGGUUGCUUUGUAGGCCCUGAUCCUGAGUUUGAUCUUUGUGCUCAAGUGGAAAUGUUUUUAAUCUUUGUUGCCAGACAAUUUCAGUUAAUAUGAGUAGUGAAUCUGCUGAAUCAGUAACUGUCUUGAUUAAGGCAAUUUUGCAGAGAAAUAAAUAUGUUUACGGAAAACCUAAA